GGCUCAUGUUGUCUCUCCGCAGGAAUGACGAACCUCGCUCCACACUGGUCGACAGAGACAGCGAAACUGAAACUAUUCAUUUGGUGGAAAUAAAGAGGAUACGAUCAAUCACUUCCGAACAAACACCGGGGGACGUCGCCAAACUGGACAUUGUGGAGACAAAAGAAGAUUUUUUAAAAGGACCGGUCCUCUCCCACUUCAAAGCUGACGUCUCCUGUAUGAGUAUAGCUGUAUAUCCAGUGGCAAAGCAUUUUCUAGAUGUGAUGUCUGUCGUGUUUGUCAACAAACUGCGUGCGAUAAUGGGCAUCUGGACAUGCUUUGAAGAAAACGACUGAUGCUACAUCGAAAAAAACGCGUAAAAUGUGACCGUUCCAGUGAACCUCGAUCCCUCCACUUUUUCGGAUUUGAGGAGGCGUCUACUGGGAAUAAGGGGAGUGCAUGUGUCUCGUUUUGGAGAGAGGAGGGAGCUGUCCGUUCAGUACCACACACACAUCUGCCACCAGCGGUGCACCACAAGCCAUCAGCCUCGCACCCUCUCUGGACCUCAUGGUGCGGAGCGUAAAUUCAUGACAACCUCUGCAUUCGUUUAACGUCUGCACUUUCUUAUUUUCUCUUGGCAUCUUGAGGAAAUCCCAUAUUCACCUGACAAGAACAUCAAACGCUCAUGCAGCGGUUUCCUGCAGUUGAGCUGCCUUUGCGCACCUGUUUUUCUGCGUUCACUCGGUUCACUCUCUUUUUUCCGUUGCCUACCAAUUGCGCACAUGUAUCCUCCGGGUCUUUCAGCGUUGUAAUGCCUGGCCCGGGCUCGAGACAUGCCUAAGCGACGAGAUGGGCCAGGGCGACGAGAAAGACCGUGUUGUGAUUAACGUGGGAGGGAUUCGACACCAGACCUACCGCAGCACGCUGCGCACUCUCCCCGGCACUCGUUUAGCCUGGCUCGCCGAGCCCGAUGCCCACAGUCACUUUGACUAUGACGCCCAGAUCGACGAGUUUUUCUUUGAUCGCCACCCCGGAGUUUUUGCACACAUUCUCAAUUAUUAUAGGACUGGCAAGUUGCAUUGCCCCGCUGAUGUUUGUGGCCCUCUUUAUGAGGAAGAGCUGGCCUUCUGGGGCAUCGACGAGACAGAUGUGGAGCCCUGCUGCUGGAUGACAUACCGGCAGCACCGGGAGGCCGAAGAGGCACUGGACAGUUUCGGCGGAGGGCCAGCUGAAAUGGGCAACGAUGAUAUGGACACAGAAGUUUUGGGUGAUCCAGGGGAUGGAGACGAGGAACUUGAGAUGACUAAACGCCUGGCCCUCGGCGACUCACCUGACGCAAAAGGUGCAGGGUUGUGGCAACGUUGGCAGCGUCGUGUUUGGGCGCUCUUUGAAGAUCCAUAUUCCUCUAAAUAUGCAAGGUGGGUGGCAUUUGCCUCGCUGUUCUUCAUACUGGUUUCCAUAACCACAUUCUGCCUGGAGACACACGAGGCCUUCAACCCCAUCAUUAACCGCACAUAUAUUAACCCUGAAGACAACAGCUCCAGGUUUCACUUGGAGACAGAGACGGUGGUCUACCUAACCUACAUCGAGGGAGUGUGUGUGGUGUGGUUCACCUUUGAGUUCCUCAUGCGUGUCACUUUCUGUCCAGACAAAAAGAAAUUCAUCAAAAACACCCUAAACAUCAUAGACUUUGUGGCCAUCCUGCCAUUUUACCUGGAGGUGGGCCUGAGCGGCCUGUCUUCUUCUGAAGCGAAGGACGCUCUGGGUUUCCUCAGAGUGGUGAGAUUCGUUCGGAUCCUCAGAAUCUUCAAGCUGACGCGACACUUUGUGGGCCUGCGCGUACUGGGACACACUCUCCGCGCCAGCACCAAUGAGUUCCUCCUGCUCAUCAUCUUUCUGGCGCUCGGAGUGCUCAUCUUCGCCACCAUGAUCUACUACGCCGAGCGAAUCGGUGCCAAUCCCAAUGACCCACGUGCCAGCGAGCACACCCAUUUCAAAAACAUCCCCAUUGGCUUCUGGUGGGCUGUUGUGACUAUGACCACACUGGGCUAUGGAGACAUGUAUCCUCAGACUUGGUCAGGCAUGUUGGUGGGCGCACUGUGUGCUCUGGCGGGUGUGUUAACCAUUGCCAUGCCUGUGCCUGUCAUCGUCAAUAACUUUGGGAUGUACUACUCUCUAGCCAUGGCUAAGCAGAAGCUACCAAAGAAAAAGAACAAGCAUAUUCCCCGUGCGCCCCAGCCGGGCUCACCUAAUUACUGUAAGUCUGCCAUGAACUCGCCCCACCACAGCCCACAAAGUGACCACUGCGCUCUUGCUGCCCAGGAGGAGAUUUUAGACAUGAACAGAGCAGAUCCCAAAGUGAAUGGUGAGGCAGCUAAAGCAGCGCUGGCCAAUGAAGAUUGUCCCCACAUAGACCAAGCCAUUUCCCCUGAGGACGGCCAGAUCUUUAACCCAAGCGAGCCACGGGGAGACACUCCGUGUUUUCUGCUAAACGUCGGCAGACGAUCCACAAACACGGGCACCCGAGUGAGGAAGGAGGCUUCUCGGCAGGGCCGGCACAAACCGCCUGCAGACUCUGUGUGUGUCAUGAAUCGUGGUGUUCCAACCACUGUGUGCAUGGCCCAGAACACCCCUCCCACUUCUUGAUAACGCUCUAGAAGUCUGUUUGUUGUACACGAAUGGGUGGAAGACCCCAUUCUACACAUUUAAAUGUAUUUCAAAGGGACUUUUUUUGUCGGUGGCUGAUAGUACUGUCAACUUGUAGUGUUGUGUAAAAUGUGUAUUUGAAUGCAUGCGUGUUAAAUAUGUGUGUGUUUUUGUACGCGUGUCUGUACUGUAAAUAUGCUUUUCGUGUUGCCCACGCUUGCGACUGAAUAUUUAGAGUAUCUAGUGUAAUCUUUACAGGGUUAUCAGGUCAAACGUAUCCAAUAACUUUUAGCUCUUUUUGUGAAUCAGAACAAAUAUUCACAAAGCUGCCUUUAAAUUAGAAUGGGCUCAAACUAAUGAUGUUGUUCUUUGUUGUGCUGCUGCUAUAAGUCAUCAGUUGCCUUUGUUUGCUGUUUGCACUUUUACAGUAAACUUUUACAUUCCGGGGCUCAACAAUAAGAAUUCUUUGAAUGUACAUGAAUUCAUUUCCUUACAUCAAAAUUGACAACAAGUACAUUAUU